AUGGUCUUGCGCAAACAGCCUCCUCCUCGUCUUAAUUCCGUCAAAGACACUAAGCGUCGUCCAUCACUCUCUCCUACUGCCAAAUCUGUAUCUCCUGUCUCCCCGAAACGGUUGACACGUCCGAGACGAGCGCAAAGCUCUCCCUAUCCUCGUCGUCUUCCAUCGCAAGAAUCGGUCUACUCACCUGAUCUUCAUACAUCACCAGCGUUUGACCUGAUGACGCUCGAACAAGCUCAGCGGUCGCCGGUAGGGAACGUGCACAGUGAAGCGCAGAAUCCAUGGGCCGAUGAGUUGAUUGAGAGGCCGGAUCAACAGUAUCAUGAGUACACCCCCUCGGCAUCUAUGCCAGCGAGUCAUAGCGGGACUCAGGAAGAACCGGUCAAUAAGAACAAAGGCGAUCGAGUGCCAUCUAUCCUUGUAGCUGGUACUCAACGCAGGAUGGCUGCAAACGAAUGGCAACCAGAGGAAGAGGCCGACGAAUGGGAGCAUGUCAGGCAGACACCGGUCCAACUGCGAUCUAAUAACCCGUUUUUGAAGACAAGACAGUCUGAAAGUAACCCGUGGCAAACCGAAUCAUAUCAGGCUCAACACGUUGAGGAUACUCGUGCUUCACAGGCAACUUCCGUGCACAGUGAUGCGUUGAGCCAAGGCGAGGGAAUUAUUCCAAUGACCGCCCGCCUGUCUCUUCUGGACCAGCAGCCCUCAGAUUCAGCGUGGGCAGAAGAGCAUCCCGUUACCGCCCCGCAGUCCCAGCAUCCGCAGAAUGGCCAUUCUGUCCAGGACUCACAAGCGCAAGCUCCACAGACAUCCUAUGCUAACCAAGUUGCUAUUUAUACGGCUGAUGGCCAAUCUUAUGAUACCCAUGGAGCUCCCGGAAAUACUGCGGAACCCCAAUACCAACCCCAAUACGCUUCCCCCUAUGAAUAUCAGCCAUAUUCAUCGCAGGAUUAUGACAAACUGAUCCAACAGUAUCAACCAAACCCCCACUCUGAACCUGUUUCUUCUGCGACCACACAGCCCAAUGUGCUCAUCGAUGUCGGGGACUCUAGCAAGCCAGAAGUACUGCCUCGGUCAACUUCAUCUGUAUAUGAGUCUGAUGUAAAUGAGGCUCGUGGGACGCGAACCGGGUCAUCAGACACCGCACCACCCCUUCCUCAGCGUCCAAGCGAGGCAGGUCGCUCGGAGGGCGACGAGCAGCACACCACGUUAAGUGCCGCUGACGCAAACAGACAGGCAGAACAGCGGGCAGAAACCUAUGCUAUCAGACACGUCAACUGGACCGAUAUCAGCGGGAAAUUACGCAAUUCACCAAUUCUGUCCCAGAACGAAAAUGGACCAUGCCCUUUACUGGCACUUGUUAAUGCGCUUGUGAUUAGUUCGGCCGAAGACGCUCAAACACCUGUCGUCAAGGCUCUGCAAACACGAGAACAGAUAUCUCUAGGGUUGCUUAUUCAGGCACUGUUUGAGGAAUUGAUUACGUGCCUGGGCCCUGAUGACGAGUUUCCGGAUAUCGAGGCUCUUAGUCGGUUUUUGACGAUGUUGCAUACGGGCAUGAAUGUCAAUCCGCGUCUAACAUUGGAACCGGAUGAUAAUGCUGGUCGUUUCCAUGAGACGAGUGAUAUUCAGUUCUAUAAUACAUUUGGACUCCCUUUGAUACACGGUUGGGUGGCCAAACCCAGUACAGAAGCUCACGCGGCAUUUUCGCGAGUAGCUCAGUACUACGAAGACAUACAACUGCUGCCAUUCCGGAAAGAAGAGCUUGAAGACCGAGUUUUCCGAGGCGGCUCACUGUCCCCCGAGGAAGAACAAACCAUGUACGACAUUCAAACGAUCCAGCAAUUCGUCGAAGUCGACCACGCAACGCAAUUGAGCGAUUAUGGGCUUGAGCACCUCAAAGAAAGACUGGCCCCUGGAUCCGUAUCAAUUCUCUUCCGCAAUGACCAUUUCACCACGCUUUACAAACACCCGCAAAAACAUGAGCUGUUUACGAUAGUAACCGACGCUGGUUAUGCAAGCCAUGCUGAGAUCGUAUGGGAGAACCUCGUCGAUGUCAACGGCUCUCGCGCUGAAUUCUUCUCUGGCGACUUCCGCCCCGUUGGACAUGGCCCAUCAGGAGGUCCUGCGACAUCUGCCCCAGCGCUUCCGAGCCGUGAUGCAGGCUAUUUUACUAAAUCGAAGGAUGAACCAUCGCAAGAACAGGCCGAUGCUGACUAUGCCUAUGCGCUGGCCCUGCAGUUCCAAGAGGAAGAACAGCAACGGCAGAACGCGCCUGCGGCCCACAACCAGAAUGCCUCUGCGCCCAAUCACCCCGCACGAGGACAUGGACCUGAAGCCACCCAUCAGCGUACUUCGAGCGCGGUGAAUCGAGGGGUCGGUCGAUACCAGCCUGCUGCAGAGCAGCGUUCAGCACGAUCGAGCCAACAGCAUGGACGGUCAUCCUAUCCUCGCGAGGAAGAGGAUUUGCCAUCGUACGCACAAGCAGCUCGCAGCCCUAUCUAUUCCCCACAGCAAAGCACACCGUCUGUCAAUCCAUCCAAUCAGUCAAUGGAUAGUCGCUUCUCGAGAAGCCAUUAUGGACAUGGGAGACGGCCUCCUGCGACGUCGUCGGGGCUCCCUGAGCGGCCCAAGGAUAAGAAUAAGGACUGCAUCGUUAUGUGA